UACACAGCAGCAGCGAGGGUGCAGGAGGUGUGUUUGUUCCUGGAGUAAUUGUGUACUCACACACACUCUCACACACAUACACAGCAGGCUGAAAUGAUGUGCCGCUUUCUCUCCCCAUUGUGCUCUGUGUAGUUCAGCUUGGAGACCCCCCCCCUACACACCCCCAUCUGGAAAUGAUUCCAAGCCCAGCCAGAAGGGUUUAUGGUUGAAUCCAGUGCUUACGGCUUGCUAUAAUCGUGUCUGUGGCUUGGGAAGUGCGGCUGUGUUUACCCUGACAGGGUUGGCUUUGCGCUGCCACCGGUAACACCAGCCACUUUGGUGCCCCCAGAACUGGAACUGCCUGGAUGAAUUUUGGAAUUUGCAUGAAUUCUACAGAGUCGGAGGUUAGCAUCAUCAUUCAUUUAUUUGUCCAUGGAAUUACAAAGAGCCUCUAGCAUACCAGGGCCAUUGUCCCCAGGAUACACUGCCCAAGUGCCCUACAAUUACAACCAACUGGAGGGAAGGUUUAAACAGUUACAAGAUGAACGUGAAGCUGUGCAGAAGAAGACUUUCACAAAAUGGGUUAAUUCCCACUUGGCCAGGGUGUCGUGCCGCAUUACUGAUCUCUACGCAGACCUUCGAGAUGGGAGGAUGCUUAUCAAACUACUGGAGGUUCUCUCCGGAGAAAGACUCCCCAAACCCACCAAGGGGAGAAUGCGCAUCCACUGCCUGGAAAACGUUGAUAAAGCUCUCCAGUUCCUAAAGGAACAGCGGGUGCAUCUGGAGAACAUGGGCUCCCAUGACAUCGUGGAUGGAAAUCACAGGCUGACCCUUGGUCUUAUUUGGACCAUUAUUCUCCGAUUCCAGAUCCAAGAUAUUAGUGUUGAAACUGAGGACAACAAGGAGAAGAAAUCUGCUAAGGACGCGCUGCUUCUGUGGUGCCAGAUGAAGACAGCUGGCUAUCCUAAUGUGAACAUCCAUAACUUUACAACCAGUUGGAGGGACGGCAUGGCAUUCAAUGCACUUAUUCACAAACACAGGCCUGAUCUAAUUGAUUUUGAUAAGCUGAAGAAAUCAAACGCACACUACAAUCUUCAAAAUGCUUUUAACCUGGCAGAGCAGCACCUUGGCCUUACAAAGCUCCUGGACCCUGAGGAUAUCAGUGUGGACCAUCCUGAUGAAAAGUCCAUCAUUACCUAUGUUGUAACAUACUACCACUACUUCUCUAAAAUGAAGGCUCUUGCUGUGGAAGGCAAACGUAUUGGAAAAGUGCUUGACAACGCAAUCGAAACCGAGAAAAUGAUUGAGAAAUACGAAUCUCUGGCCUCCGAUCUUCUGGAGUGGAUCGAGCAGACCAUCAUCAUCCUGAACAAUCGGAAGUUUGCCAAUUCUUUAAUUGGUGUACAGCAGCAAUUACAGGCAUUCAAUACUUACCGCACUGUGGAGAAACCCCCCAAAUUUACAGAGAAAGGAAAUUUAGAGGUCUUGCUUUUCACUAUCCAGAGUAAAAUGAGGGCGAAUAACCAGAAAGUGUACAUGCCAAGGGAGGGCAAACUCAUCUCAGAUAUUAACAAGGCCUGGGAAAGACUGGAAAAAGCUGAACACGAGAGAGAACUGGCACUGCGCAAUGAGCUCAUCCGACAGGAGAAACUGGAACAACUCGCACGUCGAUUUGAUCGCAAGGCAGCUAUGAGGGAAACCUGGCUAAGCGAAAACCAGCGUUUGGUGUCUCAGGAUAAUUUUGGUUUUGACCUCCCCGCUGUGGAAGCAGCCACAAAAAAGCACGAGGCCAUUGAAACCGACAUUGCUGCCUAUGAAGAGCGCGUUUUGGCUGUGGUGGCGGUCGCUAGGGAACUGGAAGCCGAAAACUACCAUGAUAUCAAACGUAUCACCGCCAGAAAGGAUAAUGUCAUUCGCCUGUGGGAGUAUCUGCUUGAGCUUCUCAAGGCACGACGACUGCGCCUUGAAAUGAACCUCGGCUUACAAAAGGUUUUCCAAGAAAUGCUUUACAUAAUGGACUGGAUGGAUGAAAUGAAGGUGCUGUUAUUGUCUCAAGAUUACGGGAAGCAUCUGCUGGGGGUUGAGGACCUGUUGCAGAAACAUGCCUUGGUGGAGGCUGACAUUGCCAUUCAAGCUGAUAGGGUCAGAGCUGUCAAUGCUUCUGCCCAGAGAUUUGCCACUGGAGGAGAAGGUUAUAAACCAUGUGACCCUCAAGUUAUUCGGGAUCGCGUGGCCCAUAUGGAGUUUUGUUAUCAAGAGUUGUGUCAGCUGGCUGCAGAGAGGCGGGCUCGUCUUGAGGAGUCCAGGCGCCUCUGGAAGUUUUUCUGGGAAAUGGCUGAAGAAGAGGGCUGGAUUCGUGAGAAGGAACAGAUUCUGUCCUCUGAUGACUAUGGAAAGGAUUUGACAAGUGUUGUACGUCUGUAUUGCAAGCACAAAGCAUUUGAGGAUGAGAUGAGUGGUCGAAGUGGACACCUACUUCAGACAAUUAAAGAGGGAGAGGAGAUGAUUGCCGAAGACCAUUUCGGUUCUGAGAAAAUACGAGAGAGAAUUAAGGAUAUUCAAGAGCAGUGGGCAAACCUGGAGCACUUGUCUGCAAUAAGAAAGAAACGUCUGGAAGAUACCACCAGUUCCUAUCAGUUCCAGGCGGAUGCUGAUGACGUUGAUGCAUGGAUGUUAGACAUCCUGAGGAUUGUAUCUAGUAGUGAUGUUGGACACGAUGAGUAUUCUACCCAGUCCUUAGUUAAAAAGCACAAGGAUGUUGCUGAAGAAAUUGCAAAUUACCGAUCAACCAUUGAUGCUCUCCAUGAGCAGGCUGCUGCCCUCCCCGAGGAGCGAUUCAAUUCUACAGAUGUGCAGAACAGAUUGUCUGGAAUAGAAGAGAGAUAUAAGGAAUUGGCUGAGCUGGCUAGGCUUCGAAAACAAGCUCUGCAAGAUGCCCUGACACUCUACAAAAUGUUCAGUGAAGCUGAUGCCUGUGAGCUCUGGAUUGUCGAGAAGGAGCAAUGGCUAAACAACAUGCAAAUCCCUGAAAAACUAGAAGACCUUGAAGUUAUUCAGCACAGAUUUGAAAGCCUGGAGCCAGAAAUGAACAACCAAGCUUCUCGAGUGGCUGUGGUCAACCAAAUUGCUCGCCAGCUUAUCCACAGUGGUCACCCAAGUGAAAAGGAAAUCAAAGCACAGCAGGAUAAACUGAACACCAGGUGGAGUCAGUUUAGAGAGCUGGUUGACAAAACAAAGGAUGCACUCAGUUCAGCACUCAGCAUCCAGAACUAUCAUCUCGAGUGCAAUGAGACAAAGUCCUGGAUUAGAGAAAAGACCAAAGUAAUUGAGUCCACACAAGAGCUCGGCAAUGACCUGGCCGGAGUUAUGGCUCUGCAGAGGAAACUAACUGGUAUGGAACGUGAUCUGGCCGCCAUUGAAGCUAAACUGACUGAUCUACAGAAAGAGGCAGAAAAACUGGAAGCUGAGCAUCCUGACCAAGCUCAGGCUAUCAUGGACAGACUUGCUGAAAUUAACAAUGUGUGGGAAGAAAUGAAAACAACAUUAAAGAAUCGGGAAGAGUCUCUUGGUGAGGCCAGCAAGCUGCAGCAGUUCUUGCGUGACUUAGAUGACUUUCAGUCUUGGCUGUCCAGGACCCAAACCGCUAUCGCAUCCGAGGACAUGCCAAACACGCUAGCAGAGGCUGAAAAGCUUCUCACUCAGCAUGAAAACAUCAAGAAUGAAAUCAACAACUAUGAGGAAGACUACCAGAAGAUGAGGGACAUGGGCGAAAUGGUGACACAGGGGCAAACGGAUGCACAAUACAUGUUCUUGCGGCAGCGCCUUCAGGCUCUUGACACUGGAUGGAAUGAGCUUCACAAGAUGUGGGAGAACAGACAGAGCCUCCUAUCUCAGUCUCACGCUUAUCAGCUUUUCCUAAGAGAUACAAAGCAAGCUGAAGCUUUUCUCAAUAACCAGGAAUAUGUCUUGGCACAUACAGAACUGCCCAAUAACUUGGAAGCUGCAGAGGCGGCUAUAAAGACGCAGGAAGACUUCAUGACUACUAUGGAUGCUAGCGAGGAGAAGAUCAAUGCAGUGGUGGACACUGGAAGAAGGCUGGUCAAUGAUGAAAACAUUAAUUCUGAUAAGAUUGAAGAAAAGGUGGAUUCAAUAGAUAGCAGACACAAGAAAAAUCGUGCAGGAGCAAAUGAUCUAUUAAUGCGCCUGAAAGACAACAGGGAGAUGCAGAAGUUCCUUCAGGACUGUCAAGAGCUGUCCCUGUGGAUUAAUGAGAAGAUGCUCACGGCUCGUGACAUGUCCUACGAUGAGGCCAGGAACCUGCACAGUAAGUGGCUGAAACACCAGGCUUUCAUGGCUGAAUUGGCAUCAAAUAAGGAGUGGCUGGACAAAAUAGAAAAGGAGGGAAAUCAGCUCAUUGCAGAGAAACCAGAAACAGAAGCUAUUGUAAAAGAGAAGAUGAGCGCUCUGCAUGCAAUGUGGGAAGAGCUUGAAUCCACCACCCAGACCAAAGCGCAGCGGCUUUUUGAUGCCAACAAAGCUGAGCUUUUUACCCAGAGCUGUGCCGACCUGGAUAAGUGGCUGCACGGCCUGGAGAGUCAGAUUCAGUCGGAUGAUUAUGGAAAAGAUCUGACCAGCGUGAACAUUCUCUUGAAGAAACAACAGAUGCUGGAGAACCAGAUGGAUGUGCGCAAGAAGGAGGUAGAGGAGCUGCGGAGCCAAGCACAGGCGCUGAGCCAGGAGGGGAAGAGUACGGAUGAAGUGGAUGGCCAACGGCAGGUUGUGGAAGUGAGGUUUAUAGAACUGCUCGCACCCUUGAAUGAAAGGAAAAAGUACCUGCUGGCUUCCAAGGAGAUUCACCAGUUUAACCGGGAUGUGGAAGACGAAAUUCUUUGGGUUGAAGAGAGGAUGCCACUUGCCACAUCCACAGACCACGGGCACAAUCUCCAGACCGUACAGCUGCUGAUGAAGAAAAACCAGACUCUUCAGAAGGAGAUCCAGGGCCACCAGCAUCGUAAUGACGACAUAUUUGAGAGGAGCAAGAUGAUCCUGGACGAUAGCAGCCUUAACGCAGAGGCAAUCACACAAAGGUUGGCAGACCUGCAGGCACUGUGGAGUCUCUUGAUCGAAGAGACAGAAAAGCGGCACAGGAGGCUGGAGGAGUCGCACAGGGCACAGCAGUACUACUUCGAUGGGGCAGAGGCAGAAGCGUGGAUGAGUGAGCAAGAGCUGUAUAUGAUGUCGGAGGAGAAGGCCAAGGAUGAGCAGAGCGCUGUGUCUAUGUUGAAAAAGCACCAGAUUUUGGAGCAAGCGGUGGAGGAUUAUGCCGAGACUGUGCACCAGCUUUCCAAAACCAGCAGGGCAUUGGUGGCAGAAGGUCACCCAGAGAGCGAGCGCAUCAGCAUGCGUCAGUCUCAGGUUGAUAAACUUUAUGCCGGCCUAAAAGAUCUGUCGGAAGAGAGGAGAGGCAAACUGGAUGAGAGGCAACGGCUGUUCCAGCUCAAUCGGGAAGUUGAUGACUUGGAGCAGUGGAUCGCUGAGAGAGAGGUGGUAGCGGGAUCUCACGAGCUUGGCCAAGACUAUGAACAUGUAACGAUGUUACAAGAGCGAUUUAGAGAGUUUGCCCGGGACACCGGCCAUAUUGGACAGGAAAGAGUAGACUCCGUCAACCACAUGGCAGAUGAUCUCAUUAACUCUGGACAUUCUGAUGCAGCCACAAUUGCAGAAUGGAAAGAUGGCCUCAACGAGGCAUGGGCUGACCUUCUGGAGCUCAUUGACACAAGAACACAGAUACUGGCAGCCUCUUUUGAACUGCACAAAUUCUACCACGAUGCUAAGGAGAUCUUUGGCCGCAUACAAGAUAAACACAAGAAGCUCCCAGAGGAGCUGGGCAGAGAUCAGAACACAGUAGAGACGCUACAGAGGAUGCAUACAACGUUUGAACAUGAUAUUCAGGCACUGGGGACACAGGUUAGGCAACUUCAGGAAGAUGCUGCCCGACUGCAGGCUGCUUAUGCCGGAGACAAAGCCGAUGAUAUCCAGAAGCGAGAGAGUGAGGUGCUGGAGGCAUGGAAAGCAUUACUGGAUGCAUGCGAUGGGCGAAGGCUGCGACUGGUCGACACAGGGGACAAGUUCCGCUUCUUCAGCAUGGUGCGUGAUCUCAUGUUGUGGAUGGAAGAUGUGAUCCGUCAGAUCGAGGCCCAAGAGAAGCCAAGGGAUGUUUCCUCAGUAGAAUUACUGAUGAACAAUCACCAGGGCAUCAAGGCAGAGAUCGAUGCCCGCAAUGACAGCUUUACUACAUGUAUUGAGCUUGGGAAGUCUCUCUUGGCAAGAAAGCACUAUGCAUCUGAAGAGAUUAAGGAGAAACUGCUGCAGCUGACUGAGAAGAGAAAAGAAAUGAUUGACAAGUGGGAAGAUCGAUGGGAAUGGCUGCGACUAAUUCUGGAGGUGCACCAGUUUUCCAGAGAUGCAAGCGUUGCAGAAGCCUGGCUGUUUGGACAAGAGCCAUACCUGUCGAGUCGGGAAAUAGGCCAGAGCGUAGACGAAGUGGAAAAACUAAUUAAGAGGCACGAAGCAUUUGAGAAAUCGGCAGCUACUUGGGAUGAAAGGUUUUCUGCUCUGGAAAGGCUCACUACGUUGGAACUGUUGGAAGUUCGACGGUUGCAAGAGGAAGAGGAGAGGAAAAGGAAGCCACCUACUCCCGAACUGAGUCCAAAGCUUUCAGAGGAUGGGUCCCCACAACAAUGGGAUGGAACAAAAGAGGGAGAACAAAUAUCUCAGAAUGGCUUGCCGUCUGACCAAGAGUCGCCACGGAUGGCUGAGAAUGCAGACACCAAUGAACUGGUUAAUGGGUCCACAGAGCAGAGAUCAAGCUCCAAAGAAUCCAGUCCAAUUCCUUCACCGACUGCUGAUCGGAAAUCCAAAUCCGGCAUGCAGCCACAGACUGCCGCUACCCUCCCAGCCAAGACGCAGGAAAUGCCUUCCGCGCAGUUUGAAGGUUUCUUGCACCGCAAACAUGAAUGGGAGGGUCACAACAAGAAAGCUUCAAGCAGAUCUUGGCAUAAUGUGUACUGUGUGAUCAACAACCAGGAAAUGGGAUUUUAUAAGGAUUCCAAAAAUGCUGCAUCUGGUAUUGCGUAUCACAACGAGAUUCCAGCGAAUCUGAAGGAAGCAGUCUGUGAAGUCGCAACUGAUUACAAAAAGAAGAAACAUGUAUUCAAAUUAAAGCUUAACGAUGGCAAUGAGUACCUCUUCCAAGCCAAAGAUGAUGAGGAGAUGAACACAUGGAUUCAGGCCAUUACAAACGCAAUUACGUCGGAUAAAACCGAGGUGUCUCUGAGCACGCAGAGUACCCCAGCAUCCAGCCGUGCCCAGACCCUCCCGGCCAGCGUAACGGUAACCGACAGCCCCGGCAAGCGGGAAAAGGAUAAAGAAAAGGACAAGGAAAAGAGAUUCAGCCUCUUCGGCAAAAAGAAGUGAACAUCUCCCCCCCAAAAAAAUAUCCAAAUAAACCCCCCACUGCACUUCUAUUACAUUUUCAGUGAAACGUCAGCAUGCAAGCUCCGAAACAAUACAUUACUCUGUGCCUAAUGUUCCCAACGUCAUUCAGACCUAUUAUUUAUAAAAUGGUAAGGAAUGUUCCUACACAGCAGGUUUGGGGGGCAUUGGGCAUCUCACCGAUGAGAGGGAGGACCAGAAUGUUUUGUUUAUUUUUUCCUUUUUAUUAUUAACAAAGUCAUUGUAGAAUAAAACCUGAAAAUAUUUAAACAUUUCCUCAAUUUUGUGAGGCUGUCUUGGAAACAACCCACGUUUGGCCACAAGAAUAAAUAUGCAAGGCAGCGGUGCUUUAAUGACCAACGACCCUUCCAUCAAAGACAGAUGUAAAAAGCUUUUCCGAUGCAUCUUCACCUCUAACUCACCUAGUGCCGAAUCGCGACUCCUAGAAACCUGCAUUAAAGCGAUAGCGUAUUCUCUGUGCUGUAACAGAGUGCAGACACCCUGAUUUGGCCAUUGGCACCCAUUAUUAACACAACACUUAGCUUUCCAGCGUCACGUGUGAAAACUACGAAUGUUUUGCGAAGGUUUAACAAGUUUUAAAUACUCUGUAAUUUUCAAAAAAGAAACCUUUUUUUUUGCUGAAAUACACUAUAUUGUACGUUUCUGAUUUAAUUCUAGUACAAACUAUUACAAGGCUAGAUGUAUAAUAAACAUUUCUUUUUCUUUUUUUUUUUAACGCCGUUGGUGCGCCAGAGAUAUCCCCAAUACUUUUUCUGUGCAAAAUGCGCUUGGAAAUGUCUCUGGCACCCCAAGCGUUAAAUCAUCGAUGUUUAAAUGUACAAGUGGAAAUGGCGCAUUUACUGGAAACGAAGUAACGUUACUCGAUUACUCGCUUGUCCGCUGCCGCACUGUGUGUUAUCAUUUUGCUACAUUACUUUGCUCUUUGAUACAUAGUGUGCAUUUCUGUCACUGUAACUAUUGUAAUGAAAAUUGACAUUUUACUGCACAAUCAAAAUGACAUUUAUUAGGAAUGAAUAUCCUCUCGAUGACUGGGCCUGUAGUCAGAGUUGUACUGGAACUGGCUUUCAGUUGUAUGGAACUGUACCUCUAGACUUUACCCUAUCUGUUAAAUAUAUGCUAUGUCAUUAAAUGCUUUUAAAAAUUAA